AUGAGUAGUCCAAAGCGUCGGAUCGAGACAGAUGUCAUGAAGAUGCUCAUGAGUGACUACGAGGUGACUUUGGUCAAUGACAACAGUAAGCAAGAAUUCUACGUACGAUUCAAAGGCCCAGAAGAAACUCCCUUCGUCGGCGGCCUAUGGAAGAUUCAUGUCGAAUUACCUGAUCAAUAUCCAUAUAAGAGCCCGAGUAUUGGAUUUGUAAAUCGCAUUUUCCAUCCGAACAUCGACGAAUUAUCCGGUAGCGUCUGCCUGGAUGUCAUCAACCAGACGUGGUCGCCAAUGUACGACAUGAUCAAUAUUUUCGAGGUAUUCCUCCCACAGUUGUUGCGAUAUCCCAACCCUACAGAUCCCCUUAACGGCGAGGCGGCGGCACUAUUGAUGCGGGACUCCAAAAGCUAUGAGAACAAGGUCAAGGAAUACGUGGCCAAGUACGCAUCGAGGGAGAGCGCCGACGAAGCUGGACACGAGGCAAACGACAGUGACGAGAUGAGCAGCGUUGGUAGCUACGACGAUGACGGAGAGGAUGAUGAACCAGCGGGCACUAUGGAUGAGCUCUGAUGAUUAUCGCCGUCCUUGAUACUGUCAUCUGCUGAAGGCGUUCCGGUCGGGUUCAGCUUUGCGUUGCGACGUGACUCUCUUCUCAUUCGUUUAUUUGCUUCGUUUGUUGCAUGUCCUUCACGUUGAAAGGAUAGUCAUAGUGAUAUUUAGCAGG